ACUAUAGAAAAACGUAGAGGGGGGAAUCCAUUAAACCCGAGUUUCGAAAGUGGAUUAGCCCAAAGGGUCAGCUCCAGACAGAUUUCUCGAUCAUUAAAGAUAUUAGCAAAAUCUGAACCAAGAUUCAUUAAAUCAUUACCCUUUAUUGUCAUUCCUCAAAUCAAGCUUGUCCUUAUCUAACUUGGUUGCCUCAUAAAUAUUUUCUUGAUAUCUUUUCAUGCAUUCAUACAGUUCACACCAGCCCCUUUUGGUUCUUUUCUAAGUAGUAGUAGUUUUUAUAGGACUAAAAAGCAGCUUCUGAAUUUGGUAAUUUUGAGUUUGAGAGUAGAGAAAAUGGGGUUAUACAGUUUUCAUGUAUUCUUGGCAAUGGUGGCUGUCUUGUUUCUUUUUCCAGUAGUUCAUGGAUGGGGACUUGAUGGCCAUUACACUGUUUGCAAGAUUGCACAGUCAAGAUUGAGUCAAGCUGCUGCAGAUGCAGUUGAGACGUUGUUGCCAACAUCUGCAAAUGGUGAUUUGGCAAGUGUGUGUAUAUGGGCAGACCAUGUCAAAUUCCAUUAUCAUUGGUCAUCAGCCCUUCAUUACAUUGAUACCCCAGAUAAUCUUUGCAAUUACCAGUAUAACAGGGACUGUAAAGAUGAAAAUGGAGUUGCAGAUAGAUGUGUAGCUGGAGCAAUCAACAAUUACACUGACCAGCUCCUCACUAAUAGCAAAGGCAAUGAUGGUUCAACAUAUAAUUUGACAGAAGCACUUCUCUUCCUUUCUCACUUUUUUGGAGACAUUCAUCAGCCACUGCAUGUGGGAUUUACAUCAGAUAGAGGAGGCAAUACAAUUGAUGUUCAUUGGUACACUAGAAAAGCAGUUCUCCAUCAUGUAUGGGAUUCCAACAUAAUUGAAACAACAGAGGAACGAUACGAUGAUUCUAAUGUAGAUGAACUCGUCGAUGCACUUCAGAAGAACAUCUCGACAGGAUGGGCAGAUCAAGUAAGUACAUGGGAGAGCUGCAGUGGCAACAACACAGCCUGCCCUGAUAUAUAUGCAACUGAAGGUAUAAAAGCUGCUUGUGCCUGGGCAUACAAAGGAGUCACUGCAGGCUCAACAUUAGAAGAUGACUAUUUCCUCACGCGUUACCCGAUAGUUCAAUGGCGCCUGGCUCAAGGUGGAGUCCGUUUGGCUGCUACACUUAACCGCAUAUUCAAAUGACAACAUAUUACAAACCACUUGAUGAUUUUCUGUGAUUGCAGCAAACAAGGACUAUAUUCCUCUCAAACUAGAAAUGCAUUCCUUGUUUUAAUGUCAGAAGCAAUCUACUACAUUGUCACCUGAAUUAAUACAUCACUGUAUUUUAGUAAUCUUCAUCGUAUCUUUUUUGUGCUAUGUCAAUAGCUAUUGUUAACUUUGAAAAUUCAUAUAACCUAUUUCCCCUUUUUCUUAUCUUGUUCACUAACAU